CUGAGCUCCCUUCGGCCAUUCCCGCCUCAUCCGCCAUCAAUUGCGCGCAAUCCAUGGGCUGCUUUUAGCCUGAUCACUCCUUGCUCACCAUGGCCCCUCCACCGUCCUCCUACCGCCCCCGCAAGAAGAGAAAGUUCCCCUCCUCUUUCACCGGCUCCAACAACUCCCUCAUCGUCGAGACCGACGGCAAAGCGUCCCCGGCCUUUCCCCUGGUGUCCUUCUUGUGGUCUGCCCGGGCCGGUGUCUCCCAAUGGCUGGUGCUGCCUCUGAUCCUGAUGGCCGUGGGCCUGUUCCGAUGGGCUGUCAGUCUGUGGGGAUACUCCGGCUUCCAGGUACCCCCGAUGCAUGGUGAUUUCGAGGCGCAGAGACAUUGGAUGGAAAUCACAAUCCACUUGCCCGUGGCCAAGUGGUACCUGUACGAUCUGCAGUACUGGGGCCUGGAUUACCCGCCGUUGACUGCCUACCACAGCUGGCUGCUAGGCAAACUUGGCUCUCUCUUCGACCCCGCAUGGUUUGCCCUGGACGAGUCUCGCGGCUUCGAGGACCCCCUCCUGAAGGUCUUCAUGCGCGGGACGGUGAUCGCCUCGGAAUACCUCAUCUUUAUCCCGGCCGUCGUGAACUUCCUGCGUCGCUACACCCGGACGCAAAACGUGCCGGUCUGGUCCGCCUCCAUUGCUCUCGUCGCGAUCCUCCUCCAGCCGGCUACCAUCCUCAUUGACCACGGUCACUUCCAAUACAACACGGUGAUGCUGGGGUUGGUGGUUGCGAGCCUGGAUGCCAUCUUGGCCGGACGCAUGCUCUGGGCGUGCAUCUUCUUCGUGGGGGCCCUCGGGUUCAAGCAGAUGGCGCUGUACUAUGCCCCUAUCAUGUUCGCUUUUCUCCUUGGCGUGUGUAUCUUCCCCAAGAUCCACAUCAUCCGCCUCCUCUGCAUCUCCCUCGUCACCGCCGUCGCGUUCGUGGUCCUCUUCCUACCACUGAUCCUCGGACAAUCCGUGCUGUACGCGGUCGCCUUCCAGCUAGCGCAAACUAUCCACCGCGUCUUCCCCUUUGCCCGCGGUCUGUUCGAGGACAAGGUCGCAAACGCCUGGUGCGCCAUCCACACGUUCUACAAGCUGCAUCGGUUUGAGGCCAGCCUGCUCCAACGGAUGUCCCUUGGUGCCACCCUGGCAUCGAUCCUGGCUCCCUGCGCCAUCAUCUUCCGUCACCCGCGCGCUUCGCUCCUCCUGCCAGCCCUGUCCAGCGUAGCCUGGGGCUUCUUCUUGUUUUCCUUCCAGGUGCACGAGAAGAGCGUGCUACUGCCGUUGCUCCCCAUGACCCUCCUCCUGGCCGGCGAUGGGGGCCUGAGCAAGGAGACCCGCGCGUGGGUGGGAUGGGCCAACAUCCUUGGCUCGUGGACGAUGUUCCCUCUCCUCGCGCGCGAUGAGCUCCGCGUGCCCUACUUCGUUAUGACCCUCCUCUGGGCCUUCCUGCUGGGUCUCCCUCCCACCUCUCUGGAAAUUUUCCGCGGCCGGGCUUCCCUAGAAGACAACACCCUUGGCGCCGAGCUCCACGUGCUGACCAAGCUCCUGCACGCCUGCUUCUACCUCGCGAUGAUCGCGUGGCACGUGCUCGAGGCCUUCGUGGCACCUCCCCCUGGCAAACCAGACCUGUGGGUGGUUCUGAACGCCCUGAUCGGAGCGGGAGGGUUCGGUAUCGCCUAUCUGUGGUGUGCCUGGAAGUUGAUCCAGCAAUGCCGUCGGAUCGACCAGAAGGCCGCGGACGAGACAGACAAGAAGAACCAGUAA